AGGGUCUCUUUAGAGUCUCCUGGCCAAGGGACCGCAGCCAUUUUUAAGCCAGUGCUACCCUGCACAGGAAGACAAAUUCAGCUUGUUCCCACAGCACAGAGAAAGCCGUCUCUGUACUCACAGUGGGUGCACAAAAUAUUUUCCGUCACAUCUGAAAGUAAUUUUGUGUGCCUGACAACACACAGCGAAUUGAAGCGUGGGAGCCUGGAGACAAUCUUGUUACAGACAAGCCCGGCUGACCCGUGGGGAGGACCUGUCUUUUCUGUAAUGUGUGAAGCAGCUCUGAUUUCCACUGAAAUGAGGUUGCAUUGCAUUGCUCAUCUGUCCCGUCCAACAUCCUGCAUCUAAUUGCUCCUGCAGUCACUGGUGCCCCAGAGGCAAACUCCCUUCCAAAAAACACCAAGGCUCCAGAUGACAACUCCUGAAGCCUCCGCCGUGACAUGACCUGAGGGGUGGACUCGCAUUCCUGAAUCUGGCUUCAGUGAUGUGAUCCAGUGUGAGUUACGUGCCUUUUGGACUUAACUGACAGCAGUGAUGGAUCUGUUUACCACACGGGCACCACCUCCCCACGGACAACUCCAAGUAGCUCUCCAUCGCUGAGGAAGCGCCUGCUGCAGCUGCCCGCACGGCCUCCUCCAGAGUCGCCCUCAGAAAGCAUGGUGGAGAAGGGCUCGGAGAAUGCGGGGGAGCGGGGCCCUGCGCCAGGGCCCCCUCCCAGCACGCCCCUCAACUACCCACUCAGUGGGCGCAGCUUCAUCCGCAAUAACAAGAAAAUGCAGAGCUGGUACAGUAUGCUGAGUCCUACCUACAAGCAGCGCAAUGAGGACUUCCGCAGGAUCUUCAAGGGUCUGCCUGAGGCUGAACGGCUCCUUGUGGAUUACUCCUGUGCGUUGCAGCGCGACAUCUUGCUCCAAGGGCGGCUCUACCUGUCAGAGAACUGGAUCUGCUUUUACAGCAAUAUCUUCCGCUGGGAGACCACGAUCUCCAUCCAGCUGAAGGACGUGAAAUGCCUCAAGAAGGAGAAGACGGCCAAGCUGAUCCCCAAUGCAAUUCAGAUUUGCACUGAGACCGAGAAGCAUUUCUUCACAUCCUUUGGUGCCCGCGACCGUUGCUUCUUGCUGAUCUUCCGCCUCUGGCAGAACGCACUCCUGGAAAAGACAUUGUCUCCCCGAGAGCUCUGGCUCAUUGUCCACCAAUGCUACGGCUCUGAACUUGGCCUCACCAGCGAGGACGACGAUUACGUCUCUCCUAUUGACGAGAUCAAUGGCUUGGGAAGCCCCAAAGAGAUUGGGGACGUCAUUGAUCUGAGCGACUUGACCUCCCGCUGCAGCGCAGACCUCAAGCUGGACUCCAGCCCCCUUCUGGACAAGAGGGACACCAGCCAGAGCAUCCACUCACUGGCCAGCAGCAGUGAUGGGACCACCUCGCUGGCAGAGGACCCAGACGAGAACACGGACAGCCAAGUGGAUGCCUCGUCCAGCCACACCGUGACUUCAGCGGCUGAGCCUCCCCAGGACGAUUUGUCGCAUGGGACACCCAUCUCCCCCCUGGAGGGGGAGCCCCUGCCCAGCGAGGAGCUGCCCACGGACAUGAGCAAUUCCUCCUCCUCCACACAGGAUGAAGCUGAAGUGGACGCCUUCUUUUCGGACUUGCCAGGGCGGUUGCUCAUUAACGCCGUCUAUCACGUCGGGGCCGAGAAGCUGCAGCAGAUGCUUUUCAGUGACUCUCAGUUCAUACACGGCUUUUUGGACCAGCGGAAGUUCACAGAUGUCACUCUGACUUCAUGGACUGGAGACAACAAGUGCCACCAAAGCCGGGUCAUCUCUUACACCAUCCCCAUUAACAACCCGCUGGGCCCCAAGGUGGCAAGCGUUGUAGAGACGCAGACGCUUUUCCGGGCCAGCUCCAAGAGCGGGGGCUGCGUGGUGGACUCCGAGGUGAUCACGCAGGGCAUCCCCUACCAGGACUACUUCUACACGGCACAUCGGUACUGCAUCACAGCACUGGCCAAGAGCAAGGCCCGGCUCAGAGUCUCCUCUGAAAUCCGGUACCGGAAGCAGCCGUGGAACUUGGUGAAGGCGCUCAUCGAAAAAAAUGCUUGGAGUGGUGUGGAAGACUAUUUCCAGCACUUGGAACUGGCCCUGGGGCAGGCAGAGAAGGCCCUGCUGGAAGAGAGCUGCCACAGCAAGGAGCCGCGGGGGCUCCUGUCCGGGCUGCGGCGCAGAAAGCGCACCCUGAGCUGGAGAGCACCCCACGCGGAGCCCCCGAUCCCCACGUUAGCGGACGGCGAGGGCUCCACCCGCACCCUUCGGCCCUCAGGGAGCCUGACCUCACGGCUUUCGGAGCAGCUGUCGGAGCCAGCACAGGGCCCGGCCGUCUCCACCGUGAUCCUCGUCAUAAGCCUGGUCCUGGUGGUUCUAGUCAUCCUCAACAUGAUGCUGUUUUACCGGCUCUGGUCUCUGGAGCACACAGCCCGAACCUUCGAAUCUUGGCAGGCAUAUGCCCUCUCCAACGGCAGAAAGCUUCCACAGACAGCGUCUGAAUGGGCUGAGAUCCUGGAACUGCAGAAACGGUUCCACAGUGUGGAGGUGCAGAAGUGGAAACAGAUUCUCAAGGCUUCAGUGGAGCUUCUAGAUGAGAUGAAGAUUUCCCUGGAGAAGCUGCACCAGGGCAUCACCGUGGCCGAGCCCUCCUUGGAGCCCGAGUGACCCUCCCGCACUGCCCCCUUGAGGAUGGCGCUGGGCCUCGGGAGAAGAUUCCCAACCCAUCUCCGAAUCUGCUGCUGGAUCGGUGGCACCCAGACUGCCUGGGUGUGUUUGUGAGGGCGGGAUGGGCCAGACACCGCCACACACCUUGCCAGAUUGUCACCUGGACCUUACUUUCAAGAGUGCCACGAACCGCGAUGAAUGCCUCCCUCCCCACUUCCUGCUUUGGGGUUCCUUUGACCUGAAGCACCUUCCUUCUGCCUCUGCCUCUCUCUCUUUCUCUCUCUGAGGGUCCUUGCAGUGACUUCAGUUUAUCCCUUCCCCAUUUAAGUGCUAUUUAUAUUCCCCAAAGGACCCCAGAGAGCCUUCCACUUCUAGUGCCCCGACACCCUCUUUUCUUUCCGACUGCUGUCUGGGGGAGGGCAGGCUCGCUCUUUUAAAGUUUUGUUGGGGGGAGGGGAUUUAGAGGCUGGACUCUCUAACCAGCAAUUGUUGGUGGGGUGGGGUGGGGUGGGGGGGUUGGUGUAAAAGGCGGGCUCUUUCUUUGCAGCCGCUGUUUUGGGGGAGAUUUAGAGAUGGACUCCGGAGCCCGUCCCAGCAUUGAGCUUUCUCCCAACAGCUGAGGCACUGAUGUCCAUUUUCCUCCCUCUUGGAGGACAGCCAAGAUCCCGGAUUGCCUUUCCCCUCACUGAUGUGCCGGCAGUUGGGAGAAGGGAAACCCGCGUCCCCCCAGUGCGCGUCUUCCCAGGCUUCCCCUCCGUGCGCCCUGUCCGCUUCCUUGGGAGGGCCUGGUCGCUUUGUUAAAGGGAUACCCUGAAGACAAAAUGGGGGAAAAUUACACAUGGCCGAAUGCCAGAGACCACGACUGAAGUGCUUCUCGCAGGAGUUGGCACAGGGCAUGGUCAAAGAAGGGAUUUAGCUGGCGGGGGCAGGGGGGCUGUCUCCAGCACGCUGCACCCACAAGCUGCUCUGGUGAGGCUGGUCCCGGCACUUCCGUAGGGGGUGGGAGUGGGGCAGUGGUGGCACUGAACCCAGCUCUCCCCCAAGGGGGCUGUGCUUAUCAUGGGACCUGCUGUGCCCCUUGUCCUGGUUGCGCACAAAUAGCUGGGCGGAGCUUUUGGGGAAGGGGAGGUCUGCCGAGACCUCCAGGCACAGCACGGUGGAUCAGCGUCUUGGCAGAUCUUCUUGCUCCCAUUCCAGGAGAUCCCUGCAUUAAUUCCGAACGGCCUGGUCCUUCCUAGGCCUGUUCCCCAGGCAACAGAUGGCCUCGUCUUCCUGACGCAGAGCUGUCCUGUCACUUUAAAGUGAGGUUUCACUGCCAGUCGGGGCCCAGGUGCCCCCCAGAUACUGCCUGAGGGGGUUGAAAUCUGCCCCCUCCUGGGGAGGGGUGUGUGUCUGCCAGUCCACUGUUCUCUGUCCCCGAGAGCUCUGGAGGCCCAGGUUUCUGACCCCCCUUCCCCCCUCCCUGCAUCAAGUUUUUGGGCUGUGGGGGCGGGGGGGGGCAUCCUUCCAGUUUUGUAGCUGUGUUCAGUGUUAACGAUCCUGUGUCAGAGGUGCUGGGGCUUAUUUAUUAAGGAGCAGAAUAAAGACUCUGGAUCGGAA